AACUUUACACAAUCGAUGAAUUCAUCGAUUUUUCAUGCUCAAAACUUCAGCUUGCUCGGCGGAAGUUCUGUCUCAGUCUUUUCCUGUGUGAAGUUGCACCACAAAGAAGAAAACAUGUCGUUGAUAGUUCCGGAGAAAUUCCAGCAUAUUCUGCGUUUCAUGAACACCAACAUCGAUGGCAAGCGCAAGGUGCCCAUUGCCAUGACUGCCAUCAAGGGUGUGGGGCGUCGGUACGCCAACAUUGCCCUCAAGAAGGCCGACGUGGAUCUCACGAAGCGUGCCGGAGAGUGCACCGAUGAAGAGGUCGAGCGCGUGAUGGCCGUGAUCCAGAAUCCACGUAUCUACAAGAUCCCGGAUUGGUUCCUCAACAGGCAGAAGGAUGUGACUGACGGCAAAUACUAUCAGCUCACAUCUGCCGUUCUCGAGUCGAAGCUCCGUGACGAUUUGGAGAGGCUCAAGAAGAUCUGCGCCCACCGUGGUCUCCGUCACCACUGGGGACUCCGUGUCAGGGGUCAGCACACCAAGACCACCGGACGUCGCGGAAGGACUGUCGGUGUGUCGAAGAAGAAGUAAAUUCACUCAAUUCUGUGGAUUUAUUCAACGAGACCUGGGGAUGUUGCUGUGCACAUUUUUAGGAAUCUGAAUAAAUUUUGCUUUGAUAAAUUCCAA